GUCGUCCUCUCAAAAAGAGUCCAAGACUAGACACAAAUUUACUUCAACUUUAAACAUAAACAUAAAACAAGUUGCUUUGGCUUAAAACUUAAAAGCCUGAAAAAGGCCUUCGUCCCAUUUCCGCAUCUGCGAUCUCUCUCUCCUCUCUCUCCUCUCUCUGCAACUGCAACUUCUCCCGCUCCAUGUAUCCAGAUCUCAAAUGCGUGGUUCGUACUGUAAUUUGAAUCACAUUUUGAGGGUGAAGUACUAAGGGCAUUGGAUUUGGAGGGGUGGGUAGAGCCGGGAAGGAGGGAGAUGGGAUCGGGUGGGAGCAAAGCGACGGCGUCUUCAACGUCGUCGUUUGGUGGCAAUGGUCGGAGGCGUCGAUCCAAAUCUAAAUUCAGCAGAGUGCUCAAGUUGUCUUGUCUGGGAACCACAUCUCGAUCCCACGAUAGCGACAAUGACGACCAGGUAUGUGAUCAUCAGAACAAAGAAACUAGAAAUAAUGCUCCAUGCGCAAGUUUGAAUGACACAGAGCCAGAUCACGCAAAGGUUGAGUGUUUCAGAAAGGUUAAUGUUGAACAACCUGAUGAAAUUCCAUGUAUAUCUUCAAAUGUUCAGCUCAAUGAAUGGGGUCAGGCUAGUAUCACUGAUACUGCCUCCAGAGCUGGUAGCAGCUCUGCUCAAGCUGCUGCUCCAUCUUUGAACCCUUCAAGUCGUUUCCUUUCUCGUUUUAGUUUCAUUCCAGGUAAUGUAAGCUUCAGAUUAAGCCGGGCAACCAGUUUAGGGUCAUCCAAUCCUCUAUCUCCGACAAGUAUCACAAUACCGAACAACGAAGAUGAACUUCAUCUACAUUCAAGACCUGCUAGAAGUUUUGUAAAUAGAGAUGAAAGCCAAGAAGCCAGUGACCUUCCACAGUCACAGAUUAAUAGGAGCGCAACACAUUAUUAUGAAGAGACUUCUGACAAUAUAGGAUUAAAUACUCCGGGAUGUGGUUUUUCUGACAACUUGCAAGAUAACCAGACAAAUUCUUCUAGACAUGAUGUUGGUAGAAAUGCUAACGGUGGUGUAAACUUGUGUUCUCCAAGAAAUCAUAAUGAACCAGGGAGCAACAGAACUAGACCUUCCGAAAGACGCCCAGGUGCUCGGGAACCUGUUGAACGGAAUGUUCGUUUCAGUAGAACUUUAAGUGUUGGAAGACUUCGUGACAGGGUACUUCGUCGAUCAUCAUUAUCUGAUUUAACGUUUUCUUCUUUGCAACAAGAAGGAGAAAUGAGAGAUACAGAUCAAGGUGAUGAUACAAGAACAAUGGUACCUGAAGGCAAUGCUGUAAAUUUCGAAAAUGGGUCUGGUUAUCCUCCAUCCAAUAUGUCUAGUUCAUUGUUUAGCAUCCAAGACUAUGAAGUGGAAACAUCAAGACCAAGAGAAGCUAGAUAUCAUGAUCUACUUGAACACAGAUCAAAUUUCCUAGAGCGGAGGAGAAGAAUACGAUCUCAGGUUCGUGCACUUCAGAGGUUAGGGAGCCGCUUUGAAAAUGUGUCUGGACAUGAGAGAUCUUGUAUCUUAUCUGGUCAACAGCGAACGGGUCGUUGUACAUGUCGUACGAGUAACCGAGAUGCCCGUUCAAAUGAUGACAAUAGUGCUAGGGCUAGCAUAUCAAGAAUUGUUAUGUUAGCUGAGGCUUUGUUUGAGGUUCUGGAUGAAAUUCACCAGCAAUCUGUGGUUCUAUCCUCUCGACCUUCUGUAUCGUCAAUUGGAUCUGUUCCCGCUCCUACUGAAGUUGUGGAAUCUUUGCCCGUCAAAUUGUUUUCCAAGUUGCAAAAGCAUCAGUAUGAGGAGGCUGCACAAUGCUACAUAUGCCUUGUGGAGUACGAAGAAGGAGACAUAAUGCGAGUACUGCCUUGCCAUCAUGAAUUUCAUAAAACUUGUAUUGACAAGUGGCUCAAGGAGAUUCACAGGGUAUGCCCACUCUGUCGCAGGGAUAUCUGUAGAUCCGAUGUGUUGCCUGCAGAGAACUAAGGUAGUGGUUUUUCACUCUUCUUCUCGGUGAAUGGACAAUUGAGGAGUGAAGCUUUCCGCGGAGGCAGUGUUUUCGUGUAUCAUUUUUUAGGAAGUUCAGUCCUUAUCUGCUUGUAUCAUCGUUGCUGCCCGCCAUUAAUUGUUCUCAUUGUCAAAUGUAAUACUGAACGUUAGUAGAAACGAACUGAACUACUUGCAAUCAGCAACACCUCCAGCCAGAGGGCAAGGGAACUGGAAGGGGAGAGAGAGAGAGAGAGCUGUUUCCUUUCACGGAUGAAUUCUGUUAAUAUGCUUAGUCAGAGGCCCCAUUGUUGUAUCCGAAAUUCUGUGCAUUCCCGCUGUUUCCUGAUUUUGUUAAGGUUAAGUUUUAUAGUAGACACAGAUAUCACAUUCUCAUUAA